AUGAAAGCUACAACAGUUCUGACAGUUUUGACAGUUGUUGCGUUGACAGUUUUGUGUCAUCUUGAGGCAAGUCGCGCGUUAGAUAUUCGCAUGGAUGUGAAUGUGAAUAUUUCAGGGGGAAAGAAGCAUGUUUCCAUUACUCACAGACCUGAGACAAGAAAGCAUGUGGACAUGCAAUUGGACGAAACUCCAAACUAUUCGAAACCACAACAAACAGUCAGCAGAGAAAUCGCAAACGAAAGUAGAGAUGUAAUCAAAACAGCCAAGAACAUAAUUUCCAAAUCAGACGAAACUGUCAUUGCAGAAAAGUAUCUUCUAUUUGCUUCAAAACUUCAAGAAAUUUACAAUCAACUUCCUGACAAUGACAAGACAAGUAAUUUGAAGAAAUUGUUAGCUCAGUACAUUCAAUUAUUUUCUAAAAGAUCAGCUCAUCCAGCUUCUGAUAUUUUGAAAGGUUCCUUGAAAGAUAUUGCAAUGAAUUCAGAAAAUUCAAAUUCUGCUUCUGGUCAAUUGGGACCAAAUGGUCCUGUUUCAAUUGAGGAAACUAGUGGAGGCGCUGAAACCAUGUUCAAGGGUCUUGGAUCUAUUAUUUCUUCUCAAAUUGGAAGAAUCACAAAUCAAAUUAUUGGACAAGUAAGUGGUCAAAUCGGUGGUCAAUUGGGACAAAUGCUUGACGGAGGACAAACUGGUGGAGCUUCAACUUUCACUCCAGAAAAAAUUAAAGAAAUUAUGGAUAAAUUUGGAAGUUAUGCAGGUGGUGUGAAUUUAAUGGGAGUUCAAUUGGGAGGUAAUAUUGCUGAAACAUUGGAACGUUUGGGUUUUCCUCAAUCCAGUCAAAUUGCUUCCUUAUUAGGAAAAUCCAUUACUAAAUUCUCCCAAAGUAAAUUGGCACCAUUGGAAGCUACUGUGAAAAGCAGUGUCAUGCCAAGAGUUGUUAAGAGUGCAACACCUAUUACUGAAUCAAUUGGUUUGCUCACUGGAAGUAUUAGUAAAUCGAGUGCAUUUAAGAAAGUUUCAUUACCGCCAAAAUAUCAAGAAAUGAAAGGAAGUUUGAAGAAUGUAAUCUCCCAAUUGAGUAAGAAGAUACGAAAUGCUCCAAAUGGAUCUGUCAAUAAUACUAAACCAAUGCGUGUUCCUGCUGGUAAUAGAGGCAAUAGAAAUCGACCAAGUCAACCAUCAAUCAUUAAUGGUCCAAAACCAAGAAAUAAUGCUAGAGCACAUAAACCAUUAAGAUUGAGCAAUAAUAGACCCUCUCCUUCACCAAGAAAUACCAGAAAAACAACUGGAGCAGGUGCUGUCAAUCAUGUUAGACCAGUCACUCAUGCAAGCAGACCUAGAGUCAGUAAUCCAGCACCAAGAGCUGCCAGACCACCUCCAGUGGUUCAUCGUGCUGCUGUUGUUCAUAGAGCUGCAGCUCCUGUAUCUGCUCGUAGAAGAUAA